AUGACCCAUUACGCCACUAUCCACACCACAUUGGCGAAUGCUGCAAUUCAGCUCCUAAGAGCUAGGGACUCCCCCGACUCCAUUGAUCCCCAAACUUUGGAGCUGCUAUAUGCCUCUGUCUACCGAGUUUUAGACACGAUUCCGCUGAAACAUAGGUUUAAAGUUGAGCUCGAUCUCAUUUCUCCACUCACCUCGGUAUUGGAUUUCUACAGCACUUCCGGAACCACCUUUGCCUCCUCUAGGCUCAAGCACCUCUUAAUCGCUACAGUCUGGCUUUCGCUCACAAAUGCCAAUGUUCUCCGGCACACAGUUCCUGUAUUUCCAGCUUUGCUUGCCUUGGGUAAGGUUUGCCAAAGCCUGGUGGGGGUAAUCUCAGAAGAACCAGAUAUGUUGUAUGUAACAUACACCUUGCAUGCAGACCACCACCGUGUGGGUGCGGAGAUCGGUGAAACCCUUUUGUCCCGAUUUAGCAACACGGCAUUGAAAAUAGAAGAGCUUUUUGUCCAGCUUGACACCUACAAGUCUACACAUAGUAGCAGUCUUCUUUUCGAGAGCUUGAGCGGCAUCUUGCUUCUCUUGAUCAAUGAGGACCUGGAAAUUUGCACCCUAAUGCUCGUGCAACAUCCCAGAUUUCCUGAGCUCACCAGAAUGCACGAAGAUGAAAUGACCUCAGCCAACCAAAAACUACUUUUGAAGAUUCUCGAUGUUGUGGCACGGAUAUUGAUACCUAAAUAUAGCCUGGUUUUUGAGUUCUUCAGUUCAACCAUUCCUAGCAGCAAUGUGCUUUUCAUAAAGGAUUAUUCGCCUGAAAAUCCUGAUUUGCUAAAAUCGUGUGUUCUUUGCAUUCUAGAACUUUUGGACCAUGGCACCACAAUUCAAUACUUGAAAUCAAGGAAUCUAGUUACUUCUCUAUUUCUGGCAUUAAGGACCUUGAGGGUACUGUCUAGACUCGCACUUCACACUGAGUAUAAUCGACGCAGUUCGAAAGUGUCUUUUGGAGCUGGCUUGAUCUAUCUAAACUAUCUAAUAUGCAUUAAUCUCAUGAACCAAGAAGAAAUUAAGGGCAUGGCUAAUCUAUCCACUCCUUUUAAGAAGUUUAGUCUAGCACCUUUGCCAAAGAGCGCUGAAUUCGUCCAAGAUUCGUCUACAGAAGACAGUUUUGGUUUAGAUGUCACUCACCUGGAAUCGAAACUUCGCCGGCAAAAUCUUUGGAUCUGUCUAUUGCUCAAUCUUGAAAUCCUACUGGAUAUUAUUGAGGACGAACUUAGAAUGUCCCAGUACAUUUGCGGAAAAGCUUCCCAGUCACUUCAAAAGAAGUUACUUUUCCAACGCAUUGAUAUGGUAUUGGCCACACUAAUUACCACAUUGAUCCUCGCGAAGGAUAAUAAAAAGAACAGUUAUCUCGCUCAAGUGGUUAGUAAUACCACAAUAGGGGUGAUCAAUCAGAUUCUCAAUUUGAGCUUGGAAAAACUCGAAAAGUCAUUAGUAUGGGUUUGCUUGAUCAAUUUCGCCAAUGAUCUAUGCUACUCUGAUCUCAAACAUUUACAGAUGUUUCAUGAUCUCUUUGAAAGUUUGAUUAAGAAGGACGAAUCUGUCUUGAAUGACAGUUUGAUCAGAAGUGGUCUUGAAUUCUUCCAAACUACCUUUGAUCAUAGUGCUGAAAUUGUGGAGACAAAGCUAGUACCCUUGAGACUACAGGACUUCAACUUCUUGUAUGAAACUAAAAACAAAUCUAAAGAUGCUGAAGAUAGUUCUCCAAAGGAGGACACAAACUUGCGGAACACUUAUGUCACUAAUUCGGCCAGAAAACAGAGUGUGCAUAUAGACCAGUUCGGGAGAUGA